GGCUGCUGGGUCUGGCCAUGUACCAUGUGCUCAUCCACAGGUGGCGCCUGGAGUAUUUCCGGCGAGUGACAGCAGUGGGGUACUCGUGUGUGGUGUUUGGGUGGAUGACGGUGAUCUCUGUGCGACGCCCCGCCAUCACGCUCUCCGUGUUUGGCCUCAUCAAGCUGCCACUGUCGCUCGCCCCGUUUGAGUCCCUCAUCUUCACUUCCUUCAUCGUGCCGAAGGCGAGCUUCGUGGGUCAUCUUGCAGGCAUCAUUGCUGGCUAUCUUCUUUCCUGGGGAGCCCUGAAGGGAUUCGACACAUAUUGGACACUUGUUUUGGCGUCAUGGUUUGCAAUUCUAUGUGUCAUUAGCUUGAAGAAUUCAUCGCCAAUCGACUGCUCCUUUUUACAAAUAGAGCCGGUUGUGCCCGAGCUUACAGAAGCUCUAGCCACAUCUGCACAGGUUCCUUUUUUGCUUCCUCCACCACAACUUCCUCUGUGCAUGGACCCAUGGGAACUGCCACGUUCGCCAGGUUCCCCGUCAGAUGCCACGUCGGAUGCCACGUCGGAUGCCACGUCAGACCCAUCCUUCCCGCCAAUCAAGCCGUACGACUCUCUGUUUCGUGAUCCUCCGAAACCUCUAGGCGUGGGGCCCAAUCCCAAGGUGGUGUCUAAACCCAAGGGAGGGGUAUACGGCGCGGUGCUGGGCGUUCUAGGGUAUUAUUCCAAGGAGAGUGAGUUAAUCCGCGGUGCGAACGCGCUCUACAAGGCGGUGACGCGGCAGGCUGACGACGAGAUGUUCUUAAGAGCACUCGGCCUCCCCUCGCAGUUCCGCACGCACCACGCGCUGCUUGUGCUGCACACGUGGCUGGCGCUGCUGCGCCUGCGCAAGGAGGGCGCGCAGGGGGCAGCAGUCGGGCAAACCCUGUACGACACGUUCAAUCACGACGUGGAGCGCCGCGUGGUGGCGGCGGGGGUGAAGCUUCUCGUCAGCAAGUGGAUGCGCGAGCUCGAAAGGGGUUUCUAUGGCGCGGCUGCUGCCUAUGAUGCUGCAGUGGCUCCUGGGGCCAGUGCAGAUGCUCUCCCCAGGGCGCUCUGGCGCAAUGUGUUCGCAGAGGACGCGUCUGACAUGCCCUCUGGCCCUGCAGCUGCUCCCGUGCAGGUGAGUGAGAGGGGUGGUUGGUGGUAG